UUGACAGUUGGUUGUCAUUAUUUCUUACAUUGUCAAUAGAUAAUUCCGUAGAAUAUUUCUAUCGAUAUGGAAUCUGAAAAAGAAACUGUGACAACAGAACAAACAAGUACACCAAAUCCCGUUCCUCUAGAGAAAGGAUUUGCUUUUUCUUCCUCUGGUAUAUUCAAGAAAAGUCAACUUUUCGAUGAAACCCGUUGUCACACCUAUAUAGUACAGAUGAAUAAAGAAUGUUUGACACAUAACUCAGACACUUAUAAGAUACAUAUUGCUCGAAUGAAAGGACUGAAGAUCAUCAAUAAAAUAUUGAAAAAGGCAAACAAGGAACAUAUAACGUUUCAGAAUAUCGUUCAAAUCGUUUGGUGUACCCUCAGCUGUGUACAUCAUUUCCAAAUCAGAUUGUGCCAGAGUAAGAACCUGUUAUCUUUUGGAAAAUGGCGUCAGUCCCAAGAAGCUCUGGAAACUUUCGAUCGACUCGUGCAAACCUAUCAGCAAAUGGACUAUUUGAUCCUGAAGUCUAUAGUGAAGUUUUUCAAAGAAGCAAAAUUAUGGGGGAAUGAAUUCAUGAGUCAUGAUUUGUUAACAAGAUUUUUGGCCUUUACUUCGGACAGAAGUGCCGUUAUUUAUGAACUGCUUAGUGUUUGUGAAGAAUACACGAAUGCUAAUAACAUAACAGAGGCUAGGGAAUUGCUCCGAAUCGUCGAUAAAAUGUUCGAAGACUACGAAUGGCGCAGUAUUAACGAAACCCUUCUGGAGAAACUCUUCAAGAUGUUUUUCUCCAGCAUUGGACCUGGCGCCGAAGACGAAGAUAACAUUCUUAUCAUACAGAAGGGAUUGGAAGUGUGCCUCAGGCAUGUGUUAGAGAGUCUGCAUAACCACGAUCUGAUGAUAGCCAUAAGGCUGCUUCUGAUCUGGGUGCAGAAAGAAGAUGUCAACGAAUCUAUUUUGCUGGAAAUCGGCAGUAUGCUAGAGUACGCUGCGAUGAACUAUCACACCAAACUGUAUAAGGAAUCCAUACCCAACGACGUGAUAGACUCUCUGCUGAAACUGAUAUCUUCGAAGAAUAUGCUGCAGAGCCUGCUGGGAAACAGAGUGAUGCACUAUCUGAUAGACCGCUGCAAUAACAGAUUGAAAGUUGACACGCCAAGGAUAUUUUAUGAAAACUCCAAAUACAAUAUUGUGGUGAACACCUAUCACGAACAAGAUAAGCAGUUUUUCCAGAAGCAUCGGGAAGCUUUUCAUGCGUCAUUAUUAACUUCUAUAAUGACACAUGGCAUGAGACAGAUCAACCUCGAGAGUUCCUACACUUUGAUUGCUUUACUGAUGCUAGAGAUACCCUGCGCAUACACUGCAGCUGCUGGUGUUUGCCUGGCUAUGGCUAUUCAGGAGGCUACAUUCGAUAAUGACAAUUUCAACAUGAACCAAUCGCAUCGCCUCCAUGCUACAGUUAUGGCUAUAAUGUCCCUGGUCUGCUAUAUAUUCAAUGCCAAGGUAUUCUACGAGUAUAUAAACACAAUCAUCGACCGCAGGGCAGAGUUUGCACCCCACUUGAAUCCUCCGCUGAAGAGAAUCUACGAAUACAAUCAGCACCACGUCCACUGGGACAAACCGGAGCUGUUUUUCGAAGACUGGGAGGCUAGAUACGGACUCUGGAAAUGUUUCAAACAGGAUGAAAAUAAAACCUUCACAGCCUGAAAAAGUCAAAUGAUGUUCGGUCAGUUGUUGAAGAUGAAGAACCUUAACUUCUCCACUUAACUUCUCUUCAAGAAAAUAUUCAUGGAAAGGAUGUCUCUAUAGCUUUUCUCAAAUCGGUUGAGAAAACAAUACACUGUGAAGUGGUAUAUGUUAAAUAAUAAAUCUUAUAUAUAUCGA